AAAAGGACGGCCGUGUGCCAAAGGUUUGAAGGAGCCUCCCUGGGUCUGCUGAGGGGAGGAGAGAAAUUUAUAAAGCGGGGAGGGGGUCUUGUGCCACCCUUCAGUCCCCACACCUGCCGGGGUGCCCCCGCCACAUAAAGCGAUAGAAACAAAAAAGCCUCGCUGCCAUCUCUCAUAAAGAUGGACGCGUCACCAAGUCGUGUGAGAAAAGCCUGAGAACAAACGGACCCACUCCGUCUCCAAGGGCUCUUCCUUGAACUGGGCGGAACAGCCUAUUAAGGGCUUACUUAAUUACUUUAAUGACUCUGGACAGGCUUUAAAAUGCAGCCGACGCUUGGGCAGGGAAGGCAGGCGGCGGGGGUCGGGGGAAGAGAGGUGCCUGGGAUUUGUAAACAGGCGGUCGUGUGAGACACCGACCAGGCAUUUGGGGCCUUUGAAGAAGGGCGCUGGUGUUUCACAACCUGUCAGCGCGACACUGCGCGUCCACUUGUUGCUUCUGGAGCCCUGCGCUGCCCGUUGCCAUGCAAAGGCUCUUUGGGGGGCCAAUCACGUGUCGUUGAAGGCCACGUGGAGUGACAAAGUGAUCUGUCGUCCUUCCCUCACCCGCCCCUAGUCUCUGGCGGGGUGUGUGGGGAAAUACCCUGUACAUACGCACAUUUUAAGAAAACCUUAUCUUUAAUGCAUGUCUUCUCCUACUGCUGUUUUCCCUAAUCCUAUGGAACCGGGCAGGCUACGAAUGUCGCCCCCUCCCUCCCUCAGAAAUGAUCGCUUUAUAAAUCGCCUCUUGGAAGUUUGGACUCCACAAUCCACCUGGGCCACUUGAACAGAGACCUCGGGUGCCUUCGACUAGCUUUUCCCCGGCGGCUCCUUGCCUCGAUGUCUUCAAAACUUAAGGAACGGAAAAAGAUCCCCAUUUCGCACAAAGUGAUCGAAAAGAGGAGAAGAGACCGGAUCAACCGCUGUCUAAACGAACUCGGGAGAACCGUGCCCAUGGCUUUGGCCAAACAGAGUUCCGGCAAGCUGGAGAAGGCAGAGAUUCUGGAGAUGACGGUGCAAUACCUGAGGGCCCUUCACUCCGCGGAUUUCCCUCGGGGAAGAGAAAAGGCAGAACUUCUAGCUGAAUUUGCCAACUACUUUUAUUAUGGCUAUCAUGAAUGCAUGAAGAAUCUAGUUCAUUACCUGACCACAGUGGAGAGAAUGGAGACCAAAGAUACCAAGUAUGCUCGGAUUCUGGCUUUCUUGCAAUCCAAAGCUCACUUCAUCACAGACCCUCUCUUUGCUUCCUUGGGGUCUCUUCCAGAGUCAGACUUUUCCUACCAGCUUCCCCCAGCUCCAGACUGCUUGGGUCAAGGCACUAACGAUCCUGUUUUCUCACAGGCAGCUGGGCAUGGUCACUUCUCCUGGCAUGGUUCCACCAGAAAUCCUACCAUUCCUUACCUUCCCAAUACCGCUAUGCCCCUCACUAGUCCAGGACAGCAGCGCAACGCUUACUUGCCAUCAGCACAAGGGCUGGAUCGCCACUACCUCAACCUGAUUGGCCAUUCCCACCCCAAUACAUUUAGCCUGCCUCCUGGCCAACAUCCAUCUGUGUUGUAGCAUGCAUCUGGGACGUCCAGUUUGUUUCCAAAGAGGGCUCCUGUGUCUUUCAUGGCUGAAUAGAGAACUGGAUGGUUUCUUCUGACAUGUUAUCCCUAAAGGCAAAGAACAUCUUUGAGCCCAUUAGUUAUCUGAAAGAAUAUAUUACCUUGCACCACAAUGGCCCUCCCAUAAUUGUAAACAGACGUGUAACUAAUGGUGGGGAAAGAAUAAAGAUGAACUGCUGGGGGAA